GUGCCGACCCCGCGGAGAACGGCACCAACGCCUCCGCCGCGAACGCCACCGCGUCCUACGACUGCAAGAGGGACUACUUCGGCUGGCUCAAGGCGUGGCCGCCUGCCAAGCAGGCCUGGUGCUGCGAGCACCACGGCCGCGGCUGCCCCCGGGACGCCGCCAACGCCACCGGCCCGGGCGCCGCCGGGCCCGGGAGGCCCGAGGCCGACGGGUUGUUGGGCGGCGCGGCCGCGGGCAGAGAGGACGACUCCACCGCGGCCGUGGUGGACGACUCCGUGUCGUACGACUGCGCCGAGGGCUACAGCAAUUGGAAAGCGGGUUGGUCGACAGGCAAGAAGGAGUGGUGCUGCCGCGAGGAGGGCAGGGGCUGCCGCUUCGACUGCGACGCCGGGCUCUCGAACGCGCGUGCAGGC